UCCAAGCAGCUUAACACUCAGCAGCAAAACUUUUUAGCGUGUUAUGGAGGUCUACUUUGGAACUGGAUUGAACAGAGACUGUAUUGCACAAUAUAUUGACUUAGAUACCCCAUAAUCCAGCAGUACCUCCCAUAACAGAUGUUGACACACAAAAUCAUAGGCCUUCUCCAAAUUCAAAACAUACAUGUAGACCCUAUAACCUCUUUGUUAAAAAUUGGGACAACAAUCCCUGUUUGCCAGUCCCAAUCACUGCCCCAGAUCUCCAUGCAACAGUGAAGUGAUUGUCUUAACAGGACCCCAGCCCUGUCCAGCUGAAUCUCAUCGACCUCUGCAGCCUUUUAUUAUAUAGCUGCAGUUUCUAUCCACCACAGUAACAUCAGCUACAGAGACAGAGACACUCCAUAUCAGCAGAGAUUUAUGGCACAGAGAUAUCCACAGUAGCACUUUCUCAGAAGAGUUUGUGUAUGGUCUCAUCUUGCCCCUUGAGGUGCCCACCAGUUUGCAAGAACAUUAAAAGUUUUUUUUUUUUUUUUUUUUUUUUUUUAACAUCCUCAUGUGGAAAAUUCAAUACUAAAACUUCAUUGUUUCACCCAUAUUAUUGCAAACUGCUGAUUCUAGUGCUGGUGGAUAAGCUUUAUAAUCAUUUUUUUUUUUUUUUUUAAAUAUGACAUUAUACUAAUCAACACAUCCAACACACAAGGAAAUAAAGCCCACUAUAGAAUUCCCAUUUCUACUGCCUGCUUUUGAUUCAGUGGAGAAUUCACCUGUAAAUGGAGUGAUGACAUAUGCUGCAUUUGACAUAUGUUAACUAGAGAUUAGGGAAGGUAUAAAUAAACAUAGGAUUUUCUUCACCACAGUGAGACUGUUCACCCAUGCUGCAUCACUACCAGCCAUGGCUGCUAGAUGUUGUCUCUGAAUUCUAUAAUGUGACUUAGUUAUUGAGAUCUCUAUCAGCUUCUGUUCUUAGACACAAUUGAAUUUACUGCAUAGAAAUUAUGAAUGAUUUAAUGAAUGAUUCUGAUGUUAUGUAUUUAACUCUGGAGGGCCAUGUGGAGUUGGAGAAAUACAGAUAUGUUUAUUUUGUAAUGGUUCUCACACUUUAUCUGUUGAUCAUUAGUUGUAAUGGUCUGGUCAUUUUUGUCAUAUUCACAAACAAAUGUCUCCAUGAACCCAUGUACAUUUUCAUUACUGCUUUGCUUUGUAAUGCUCUCUUUGGAACAACUGCUCUUUAUCCUAAAUUGCUCACCGAUUUUUUGUCUGAAAUUCAAGUUGUUUCUUUUGAAUCCUGCAUAUUUCAGUCAUUUUGCAUUUAUACAUAUGGUGCUUCAGAGUUCACACUGUUAUCAGCUAUGGCCUAUGACAGAUAUGUGUCCAUCUGUAAACCAUUACAAUAUGCAACAAUUGUAAAAAUGUCCACUGUUAAAAAGCUCUUAUUUUGCUGUUGGUUUCUUCCUUGUUGUGAAAUAGGUAUUUGUGCAAUAUUAACAUAUCAACGUAAGCUGUGCAAAUUCAAAUUAAAUAGAAUAUACUGUAAUAACAGUUCAAUGAUUAGGAUGGGUUGUGGAGACUUUUCUGUAAGUAAUUCAUAUGGAUUGUUUGUUUUAAGCAUUGUUGUGUUUCCUCCAUUAAUUUUUGUAUUUUUCUCAUAUAUCAGAAUACUUUCAGUCUGUUUAAAGAAUUCAAAAGAUUUCAGAAGAAAAGCUCUACAAACCUGCUUCCCACAUCUUUUAAUUUUCCUCAGUUUCUCCGUCACGUCAUGUUUUGAAAUUAUACAUACUAGAUUUGAAGGAAACACACCUCACAUUUUCAGCAUGAUCAUGUCAGUGGAAAAUAUGGUUAUUCCUCCUCUAUUAAAUCCCAUUAUAUAUGGACUGAAACUGAAGGAGAUUUUGAAUAGGAUUAAGAAAAUCCUAUCGAUUUGGAAAAGUAAGAUACGUGUAUGCUAUGAGGUUAUUAAACACAAACCUGCAUUUGUUCAUUAGCAUUAUAUUUUUGUACUUUACUAAAUAUUUAUUUGUAGUAAAUCUUACCCUACAUAACACACAAAUAAAUUAGAAUGUGAUGUGCUGUUUUAAUAUAAGCUUUUUACUGGUGUACUCAUUGGAGUUUAUGUUUUCUAACUAGAAUGCUCCAAACCUUAAUAAGCAGCAAUGCAACAGACUUUUCUUAAAACAAAAAUAUUUACAUUUAAACGUUAAGUUGACAUUCAUGACAAGUUGACAUGAAUAUUGUUGACAUCCUCAUUGAAGUGGUUGGAAUUUGGCAGGCAGCUAAACAAAUUGAUUGAUCAGUUUUAUUCUCCUUGCUUGUGUUGCUUGAACUCAGUGCAGCUUUUGAUAUGAUAGAUCACAGUGGUCUUCUAGAUAAACUAGAAAAUGUUGAAUUGGUGAUGGUGAUUAUGUAGUAACUCUGGAAGUUCAGAAUUACACUGUGUGCAGAAGUGAAAGACCUUGGUGUGCUUAUGAACUCCAUCUGCCAUUUGAUGCUCAUGUAGAUAAUAUUGCUAGAAUAGGCUUUUUUAAUCUCAGAAUUAUUACUAAGAUAAGAAAUAUAAUCUCAUUAUGUGAUGCUUUUGUUACCUCUAAGUCAAGCUAUUGUAACCAAAUUCUGUCUGGGUUUUUCAGUAGGUGAAUAAUCAAGCUCCAGUGAGUCCAGAAUACAAUAGCCAGUGUCUUUACUAGAACCAGAAGGUUUGAUCAUAGCACUCCUAUCUUAUCCACACUGCACUGGUUCCCAGUAAAAUUUGAGGUACAGUCUUUAAGGUUGAAAACUACUUGUUUAGUCAAGACUUUUGUUAAAAGCUUUUCUCUUAGGUAAAGGUACAAAUCUGAGGGUUCAUGGGCAUAGAGUGUUUUGGUAAACUGGAAUGUUUUGAUGCAAAAAAUUCCUGAAAUGACAUUAAAUAGAAACCUUGAUAUGAACCAGACUCAAAAGGGAACUUGUAAUCUUCUGGGCAACACCGAAUAGUACAAUUCUCCAGUUUAUAAAUACUUGCAGAAGCUGCUGGAUGCAGUUCACCCAGAGUAUUUCAGACACACAGAAGAGUUUUCCUUCUGAAUGUCCUGUGGCCCCCUUGGUGGUUAGUCACAGGAAGGUGGCCAUGUUGUAGGAAAGCUAAUGUUUAAAGAAAGAGCUCGUCACACCAAUGCCAGAAAUGGCAUCACAGUACAUCUCCCAGAACACAACACAACCUACAAACCCAGCCUCCAUGAACUACAACACCCAGCACACACAGACUCUGUCACAUUCACUGUCACCAUUCUUCUAAUCACAUGUACCUGGACUCAAACAUUAACCACACCAUGUAUACACACACAACCCCACGGUUUACCACGAAGUAUACACUCUGUGUCCUUGUUACCAGUUGUUACCAAGCCUUUAUAUAUUUCAAUUCUGACAUUCUGAUUUUUGAUCCUGUUUCUGUUUUUUCUGGCUUUUGAUUCUUGCCUUUCCUUGUUUGUGCUGUUUACUAAUUGCCUGACUAUUUGCCUAUUUCCCAUUCUGAUUUUGCCUUAUGAUGUGGAUCUGUUUGUAAGCUUUCUAAAUAAAGCUGUUUGUACUAUCCGUCCCUGCUGCCUGACAGAAUACUUCACCUCCUAAUGGAUGCGGCAGGUAGCUUGGAGUGGCUUCAAGCUUUGGCGGCCCAGGGCCACCUCCAUGGAGAACAAUGGCAGCAGAUAGGCGUGCUCAGUGCGCAGCUCCAAACCAUGAAGACUUCGGUGUUAGCUCCCUUGGCAGCACCUUCUCUAUCUUCUUCUCCACUCAUUGCAAGCCUAGACAAGUAUGCAGGCGAUCCCACCAAGUGUAACGCAUUCAUGCUUCAACGUUCACUGUAUUUCUCAAGCCAAGAAGGGGUGUCUGAGUGAACCAAAAUAGCUCAAUUCAUCAACUUGCUAAAAGUGCUAACUUGGGCCACUGUUGAUUGGUUGCAAGGAGUGGAGCACAAAUCCUCCUAUGAGUGCUUCCUCCAACUAGUCCAAUGGGUGUUUGAUCACUCUCCUCAGGGAAAAGAGUCAGAGAGAGACUCACCUUUAUGCAGGGCAACCUGAGUACUGCGGAGUUCACACUCAAUUUCUUCAUGUUAGCCAUAGGCAGUGGCUGGAACAAGCUUGCACUCAAAGCUGCUUAUCGCCAAGGGUUAAAAACUGACAUUCUCACUGAGCUGGCAUGUCUGGAUUAUUAGGCAUCCCUCGAUAAUCUCAUUGACCUGUCCAUUCAUCUGGACCUCCUGCCAAGCGACCAAAGGGAGAAUAAAUUGGACUUGAAUCCUGCCCAGGAAUUCCAUGCCACAGAACCAAUGCAGCUAGGUAAGUCCUACUAACCCCUGUGGAAUGCCAAAGGUGUCAGAAAGAGAGACUGUGCUACUAUUGUGGCACCUCGCAGCACCAGGUGGCACAUUGCUCCUCCAGACUGCCAGCCAAGGUUCCCAAAAGACCAAUGAGCGAGA